ACACUCUGAGCUUCGAGUAGGGAGCGUCGUAUGAUAUCCGUGUGUUUUAGUUGUUCAUUUUUCUAUUGUUAUACAUAAAUAAAAUAAUUGAAACUAAACUUAUCUAUUAAAGUAGCAGUAAAAUUUACUAAUCUGUAAAAAUGAGAGAAAUAGUGCAUAUUCAAGUUGGACAGUGUGGAAAUCAGAUUGGUGCAAAGUUCUGGGAAAUAAUUUCUGAUGAACAUGGUAUUGAUCCCACUGGAGCCUAUCAUGGGGAUCAUGAUCUUCAACUGGAGCGUAUUGAAGUUUAUUACACAGAAGCUAAUGGAGGCAAAUAUGUACCUCGAGCAAUUUUGGUUGAUUUAGAGCCUGGAACCAUGGAUUCAGUUCGUUCUGGUCCAUAUGGUCAAAUCUUCAGACCUGAUAAUUUUGUCUUUGGUCAAUCAGGUGCAGGAAAUAAUUGGGCCAAAGGCCAUUACACUGAAGGUGCUGAACUUGUAGACUCAGUAAUGGAUGUUAUACGCAAAGAAUCAGAGUCUUGUGAUUGCUUACAAGGGUUUCAACUAACACACUCACUUGGUGGUGGUACUGGUUCUGGCAUGGGUACUCUUUUAAUAUCCAAAAUUCGUGAGGAAUAUCCUGAUAGGAUUAUGAAUACAUAUUCUGUUGUGCCUUCUCCAAAAGUUUCAGAUACAGUUGUUGAACCAUACAAUGCAACACUAUCUGUGCAUCAAUUAGUAGAAAAUACUGAUGAAACAUUCUGUAUCGACAAUGAGGCCUUAUAUGACAUUUGCUUUAGAACUUUAAAACUUUCAACCCCAACAUAUGGGGAUUUGAAUCAUUUGGUUUCUUUAACCAUGUCUGGAGUAACCACCUGUCUUCGGUUUCCUGGUCAAUUAAAUGCUGAUUUGAGAAAAUUAGCUGUAAACAUGGUGCCUUUUCCACGUUUACAUUUCUUUAUGCCUGGUUUUGCUCCUUUGACCGCUCGUGGAAGUCAACAAUACAGAGCAUUAACUGUACCUGAGUUAACACAACAAAUGUUUGAUGCCAAGAACAUGAUGGCAGCAUGUGAUCCAAGACAUGGACGCUAUUUAACUGUGGCAGCUAUAUUCAGAGGGCAAAUGUCGAUGAAGGAAGUUGAUGAGCAAAUGCUUAACAUUCAGAAUAAAAACAGUAGCUAUUUCGUGGAAUGGAUUCCAAAUAAUGUUAAGACUGCUGUGUGCGAUAUUGCACCUAGAGGUCUUAAGAUGGCUGCUACCUUUAUAGGAAAUUCUACUGCCAUACAGGAACUGUUUAAGCGAAUAUCUGAGCAGUUCACAGCUAUGUUUAGACGAAAAGCAUUCUUGCAUUGGUACACAGGAGAAGGUAUGGAUGAAAUGGAGUUCACUGAAGCUGAAAGCAACAUGAAUGACUUGGUAUCGGAAUAUCAGCAAUACCAAGAAGCUACUGCUGAUGAAGAUGCUGAAUUUGAUGAAGAGCAAGAAGGUGACCUGGAUGAGAACUAAUUUCUCAUUUUAAUUUUGUUCCAUUUAUUCUAGAAUAUAUUUUAAUUUCAUAUAUAUGCCACAGCACCUAUAUUAAGAUUAUGUUAGCAACAAUAUAAUCUUAUUAUAGAUAAUGUGGUUAAUAAUGUUUUGGUUGGCAUGCAACUUCUGUUGAAAAUUUAUGAAUUAUUAAUCUUAACAUGUUAGUUAUGUAUUUACAAAACCUAGAUCUAGAAUAAUUGGACUAUGUUUUAUAUAAUUGAAUUUCUACUUAUUGUCAUAAUUAAACAAGAUGAUUUGUUGU